GCCGCCGGAACGGGCCGAGUCUCCGCGUCCCUGGGAAGAGAGGCGAGGUUCAGUUACAUCUUUAAAAAAUCCAACAUCAAAAUGGCUUCAAAAAGAGCUCUGGUCACCCUGGCUACAGGAGCAGAGGAGAUGGAGACGGUCAUCCCUGUCGAUGUCAUGAGACGAGCUGGAAUUAAGGUCACCAUUGCAGGUCUGGCUGGAAAAGACCCGGUACAGUGUAGCCGAGAUGUUGUCAUUUGUCCUGAUUCCAGUCUAGAAAAUGCAAAAACAGAGGGACCUUACGACGUGGUGGUUAUGCCAGGAGGCGGUCUGGGUGCACAGAAUUUAUCCCAGUCCUCUGCUGUGAAGGAGAUACUGAAAGAACAAGAAAAGAGGAAGGGCCUCAUCGCCACAAUCUGUGUGGGACCUACGGCUCUGUUGGCUCAUGAAAUAGGUUUUGGAAGCAAAGUUACAACACACCCACUUGCUAAAGACAAAAUGAUGGAUGGAAGUCAUUACAGCUACUCAGAGAACUGUGUGGAAAGGGACGGCCUGAUCCUCACCAGCCGGGGGCCGGGAACCAGCUUCGAGUUUGCUCUGGCAAUUGUCGAGGUGCUGGCCGGCAAGGAGGUGGCCGACCAAGUGAAGGCCCCACUCGUUCUUAAAGAUUACGGCAGAGAGGUUUGA